CUUUGAAACGUAGGGUAACACUUUUUUGUAUAAACUUAAAAAAACGGAGUGUGUGUGUUGCCUAUUGUUAUUGUUUAUUAUGCGUCUGCUAGGCCCCCGAAAUUGUUAAUUAAAUGUGCACGACGUGCGCCCGGAAUGUAAUCAAACGGAAUCGAUCGAAAUGGGCGGCCAAACGAACGAGGGGCGUGGAGAUCGGCCCCGCCCCCCUCCACCGCCGCUGCCCCCACUCCCAUUUCCAAUCCCAUUGACGUUGUUGUUGUUGUUUUUCCUAACGCUAACACUAACGGCAACGGCGACGUCGACUGCGACUGCGGCAGAGGAGCAAUCAGUGCAGUCAGAAAAUACGGAAAAGCCCCAAAAUCCAGAAUCCGGAAGCACACCACUAACAUCAUGUCCAAGGAAAUGCAGCUGCCGCAAUAUAUCGGAAAACAUACACAGUUUGCGGGUUCGUUGCGAUGAGCAGCAGAUAGCCAACUGGCGGGAAUUGGAGUUUGGCGAGGAUAUAUUAACAUCCAUUGUCAGCAUCAAUGCCAGCAAGAACUCCAUUGCCUCGAUUACUGCCGGGGAUUUCGCUAACUUUACGGAACUCAAGCGCCUGGAUCUGUCGUUCAAUCUCCUCACCGAACUGGACACCAAAACCUUCGGCAAAAGUCUGAGCCGUGUGGAGAAACUGAAGCUGGCGGGAAAUGCCAUUAGCCACAUUUAUGAGGGCACCUUCAAUUACAUGGGCAAGCUCAGGCAGCUCGAUCUAUCUGGAAAUCCCUUGGCCUGUGACUGCGGCCUGAUCUGGUUGAUUGCCUGGUCCAGUGCCCGAGAUGUCCGCCUGCAGCCGCCUCCGAAAUGCGAGUCGCCCGGCAACUUCCGUGGCAUGCCGCUGAAGAAACUGCGCGUGGGCAAGGACUUCCACUGCGAGACGCUGCUGCAGCCGCUGCUCGAGCUCAUGCCCAGCCAGAAUCAGGUGGCCUUCGAGGGCGAUGAGCUGCAGCUGAAGUGCUACGCCCCGCGCGUGGCCAUCGGAGUGCCCAGGGAGAGCGAGGAUCUGCCCACCAAGGCCUACGUUUUCUGGGGCUGGUCGGACAAGAUAAGGGCCAAGAACUCCACCGAGGAUAUAGUCUACCACGAUCCCACCAAAGUGUUCGGUGAUGUGAACCUGGAGACGCGCCACUCCACGGACUCGGGCAUCCUGCAGUCGAUCCUGCGCAUUGCCAGUCUCACCCAGAACCACACGGGCAUGUGGGACUGUACGCUGCGCAGCCAGCAGGCGAACCUCUCGCAGGCCAUCGUCCUGCAUGUGGUGGCCAAGGGCACGCUCUACUGCGAGGCCCGUGUGGUGCACACAAACAAGGGCACCUACCACUGGCCCCGCACGAUGCGCGGCGAAACGGUGCUGCAGGAGUGCGUGGAGGAGCCCAGCGAUGCGGCCCCAUCCCGGCGAGCUUCGCACGAGUGCGGACCCUCGGGCGAGUGGCUGAAUCUGAACACCGAGAGCUGUGUCUAUGUCAGCGAAACCACACGCAUCCUGGAGCAGUUUGCCAAGGUGAAUCUCACCCUGACCAAGGGUCAAAAUGCCCUGGAGAUUGCGCGACGUUUGCACAACUUUACGCAGGCGCAAACCCAGUUGAAUCGCAUACGCGAUCCCAUGGACCUGGAGUACAUAGCCCGCACCCUGGUCAAGUACCUGGAUCAAGUGGAGCAAUCGCAGCAGCAGCAGGAGAUCAGUCACCUGCUGAUGGACAUAGUGUCGCAGCUGCUCAACCUGCCGGCGCAUCUCUUUCGAGCGGCACAAUCGGAGCAGGGCACAGGCCAGCGGCUGCUCCACGUGGUGGAGUCCUCGGCCAUGCGUUUGGCCCUGGCCAGCACCCAGGCGGCAACGGCGGCGACGGCGGCGGAGAUGAUACCCUGGCGGAGCAGCGGCAGCUCGCUGCAGCGCAACCUCUUCGUGGAGUUCUUCAACGUCAGCCUGGAGUCCUUCGUCAGCCUGUCGUGCGUGUGGCUGGAGCAGAGUCCGCGUGGCUUUCAGUGCAACAGCGCCAACGACACGAUACCCAUGUACGAGCAUGGCGACAUCGAUGCCGCCAUCCAGCUGCCGUACAGCGUGAUUGGGAACAACAGCUCCGUUCGCAGUCUCCGCCUGAUGAUCUCGCUGCACCGGAAUGGCAAACUGCUGCCCAAUCUGGGCAAUCUGGGUGGCCACAACCAAUCGCUGUCGUCGGCCAUCAUUGGCAUCCUGGCGUACAGCGGCGAGGGGGAGGCUGUGCAGUUCCGGGCUCCUGACAGCGAGCUGGAUCCGGAGGAGGAUGUGUACCAGCAGCGGGUGACGGUGAUGCUGCGGGCACACCCCUACCACAGUCCGCUCAGCGCGCCGCAGCCCGCCUGGUGGGAUGCGGAGGAGCAGCGCUGGGUGGCGAGUGUUUGCCAGCAGCACUACCAGCACCGCACGCUCGUCAUGUUCAGCUGCAGCCGCACCGGCUACUACGGCCUGCUGCAGCGCAAUGCCUUCCUGAACGACUUCCGCAGCGAGGAGUCGGGCGCCCGGUUCCGGCAUCCACCGGCCGCCGUCUACGCCGGCUGCGGCCUGCUCUUCGCCUGCUGCGCCUUCAAUGCCGUGACCUUUGCCGUCUUCGGGCGGGCGGUGCGCAUCAAUCGGGUGCAGCGGCACGCGCUGGUCAACACCUGGCUGGCCCUGGGCGCCUUGGCCCUGGCCUUCUCGCUGGGCAUCUACCAGACGGCCAGCCAGCCGCAGUGCCGCCUGCUCGGCCUGCUGAUGCACUACCUCGGCCUGUGCGUCCUCCUCUGGCUGUGUGUGAGCCUGAGCAGCAUGUACAAGCGGCUCACGAAGACGACCGGCAGCUCAGCGGCGGCGGCGGCAGCCCAGGAUAUGGAGCCGCAAAGGGAUCGCGAGCGAAAGCCCAUACUGGGCAUCUACCUGGUGGGCUGGGGCAUCGCCCUGCUCAUCUGCGGCAUCAGCAGUGCCGUCAAUCUGGCCGAAUACGCCGCCUACGACUUCUGCUUCUUGCACAGUGCCACCACCUUGAAUGCCCUGCUCGUGCCGGCCGUCAUCCUGGUGAUCUUCUGCGGCAUCCUGGCCCUCUGCAUCUACUACCAACUGAGUCAGCAGGCGGUGAAUGUGCUGCAGCUGCAAAUGCACCAGCAUCAGCACCAGCAGCAGCAGCAUCGCCAGUACUCGGACAACAACACGCAGGCCACGGAGCACAUCGAUCUGGAUUGGUUGGAUGCGAAUGGCAGUGCCACCACGGCGGGUCGCAAGGAGCAGGAUCACAUGCAGGAGCAGUACAGCACGCUGAGCAAUCCGCUGAGCAGCAUAGUCGACGACUUUGAGCGCUCGAAUCUGUCGCAUCUGCGUGGCCACUUCAUUUUCCUGGUGCUGUACGCCGGCGCCUGGCUCUCGGCCGCUGCCUAUGUGAGCGGUGGCCAGGAGGCCUAUGUCACGGCCUUCGCCGGCUGCUGCUCGUGCCUGGGCCUCUUCCUGCUGGUCUUCUACAACCUGAGCCGCAACGAUGCGCGGCAGGCGUGGUCGCAGGCCACAGAUGGCGGACGCACAAGCAGCAGCGGCAGCAGGCCCGCCCACAAACUGGUGACCACGUACAACAAUGGCAGCCAGGCGAGAUGCGCCCAUCCGCUGUCGUCGGGCAUGAUGGCGCCCGGACCCGGCACGGCCAUCAUCAGCAACUCGAUAGUGGCCUACAAGGCCAAUCCCAGCCUGUACGAGGCCAACAACUCGGCGGGAUCGCGUUCGAACAGCCAGUGCUCGCGGAGCAUGCGCAGCCAGACGCGGAGUCAGACGAGGAGUCAGCAGGAGCAGCAGCUGCUGCAGGCCAAUGCUGGAGCGAAUGGUGGGGUGACCAUCAUCAACAACACAAGCGGUCAGCAGGGAGGAGUAGCAGGAGCAGGAUCAGCAGCCACUGGUAACACAGGCGGCGGAGGAGGAGGAGGAGCAGGAGCAGUACCGCCACACAGCCUGAAUGCCCUGCUGCACGGGUCCAGCCACGACCUCAUACCCUCGGCGGAGAUCUUCUACAAUCCCAACCAGAUCAAUGUGGCCCGCAAGUUCUUCAAGAAGCAGAAGCGCCUGGCCAAGCGCAACAACUUCGAGCUGCAGCGCCAGACGAUGCCGCAGAUGCAGCUGCAGAUGCAGAUGCAGAUGCAGCUCCACAGCCAGCACAGUUUGAGCGAUGCCAGUUCGGAGCAGCUGUACAGCAGGCACCACAAUGCGAUGACUCUGCUGGCCGGUGGCAGCAAGAUAAACAACACCAAUCUGCACUACAAGAACCAGGGAUCGCCCAUGGCCGGUGCUCCCAAGGAAGCUGAUGGCCUGCAGUUCCACAAGCGCUUUGUGCCCGCCAGCAGCACAGUACAGACUCCUUCGGCGGCCGCCAAGAUCAUGCAGGCCAAUAUCUACACCAACAUACCGGAGACCCUAACGCCCCAGCAUGAGGUGAUCAAACUGCGGGCCAAUGGACGCACCAGGACACCCUCUUUGCUGGACGAAACGCUGCACGAGCAGGAUGACGAUGAAGAGGAGGAGGAGGAGGAGCAGGAGGAGUUGGACGAAGAGGUGGAGAUGGGGCCAGUGCAGGUGGAGCCAGCGCAGGAGCCCGAACUGGAGGAGGAGGAUGCCAGUUCACUGGACGAGCAUGCGCCGCUGUAUGCCAACACCUUGUCGCCGGCCAGCGGCGGGAUGAGCAGUCUGUUCCGGAACCGAGGCUGCCACCAGCUGCAGCCCAUCAGCAGCUCCACGCCCCUCAAGCAGCCCAGCCUGGAGGCCAUGAACAGUUUGGGCCUGCCCGAGGUCAGUCCCGCCGAGCCGCUGCUCCAGAAGCACGAGAUAUAUGUGUCCAGCUCGCUGCAGGUGACCACCAGCAAUGGCAUCCAGGCGGACGAUGACUUUCCCAGUGUCCUCAUCCGCUUCAGUCAGCAGCAGCAGUCCAAGUCGCUGAACAACAUCAGCGAAAUGUUGGCUGGCGGACCGUCGACCGGAUUGGAUGACCUGGGCCAGGAGCAGGCGGAGUCCAGCCACCAGCUGUCCGGCAACGAGGCCAGCAGCACGCUGGAGGAGCGGCAGGUGUACUCCUGCUCCAGCAGCAAUCUCAGCCAGCUCAAGGCACACCACCAGCACCAUCCGGUGGCCUCCAUGGACGCGGAGGACGAUGGUCGCCUGCUGUCCGGCAGUCCCACGAACGAGAGCGAUCUCAACUACCAGAACUCGGAGAUCAGCAUCCGCAGCCACGGGCUGUAUGCUCCCCAGGCGGACAACGACCUCAAUCUGACCCUGACCGAUGACUUCCGUUGCUACCAAUCCUCGAAUGCCAGCGAUGCGGAUGUGGAUGUGCUCAAUGAGUUCGACGACGAGUUUGUGGCCGCCACGGGUGGUGAACGGGUGGUUGGCGAUUCCGAGCAGGAUCAUCAUCAUCACGAUCACGACCAGGACACCUCCAUCGAUGAGCUGUACGAGGCCAUCAAAUGCCGCAGUCCGUUGAGGAGCAAACAGGAGACCAUCGAGCGUUUCGAAAGAGAAAGGGAGCGAGAACGUGAGAAGGAGAUGGAGAUGCAGAUGGAGAUGCAGCUGGAGAUGGGGGCCGCCAAGCCUCUGAGCAAUUCCCACAACGAAAAUCUCAACGAGACGAUAGAGGAUGAUAGCAGCCAGAGCAGCGUGAUCUCGUACAUCGAUCCCAGGGCGACCAACGAGCCACGCCCCUUUCCCAGCUAGCUCAGCCACGCAGCAGCAACCCUAGUUAGAUGUAUAUAGCAUAUAUAUAUAUAUAUAUAUAUAUAUAUAUGUACGAGUUGAAACCCCAUCCUCGCUUGGUUAACGAUGUGCCAAUGCCAAAGUAUUCCGUGUACCAAGCUUUUGAACCCAACCCACUGACACUCAAAACCAAUUAUGUAUCUAGAGUGCAUAUAUAUCCUAGGUUCGCCCACUCAAAAAAAAAGAAAAAACCAGGCAACAAAGCUAACUGAACUUGUAAUUAUAGUAGACUUCCCCCACCUUACCACCCACUACCACUAUUUAUUAUGACUAGUAUUACUCCACUAAACUCUCAUAUUCACCGGAGCAAAACUUCAUCCAUUAGUUGUUCACUAGGCUAGAUCGUUGUGCAUUUCAUUCAAAUGGCUAGCAACCAACACCACAUCAAGUCGCCCACCCCGAAACAACCCUACACACAUUUAAUAAGUUUAAAAGCAAAAUUUUGGACAAGCAAAAUGCAUUUAAAUGUAGACUAAGUUUAUAUUUAGAUAUAAAUAAAUGAAAUGUUCACUUAAAACAA